AUGAUGCAAGCACUCAGAAGGCAACCGUCGUUCUGGGUUUGCGCAAGGGUGCGCAAUGGGGCCCCCACUGCUCAUCCAGGGUUUCCUAAAGAUCGGCACAGCAACUCAGUGCUCACAGGAAGAACUUCGGAUACAGGUAGCUGGAUGAUUCCUGUUAGAUUGAGCAAUGUGUCGCCGGCACCAGCUGCGAGAGAGUCUGCUGAAUGCCCAGCGGCAACAGCAACACGGGAGACAGUACCAACGAGGAGGGCACAAUUGAGGCACCUUAACUCCUUCGGUGUACCCGGACCCAUGGUGUCAUCUCUUUCCCAUGCCCAGUUCUGCGGGAUCCCGAUCCGGAGGCUGCUAAGCACGGUUCCUUCAGGAACAACUGGAGCGGCAGCAGUAGCCUCGGAAGGCGCAGAUGGACAGCUAGGGGAGCUGUCAGGGCGGACUCCUGAGGAGUCAAAUGAGGGCCAGCCAGUGCCCACGGAGCCGAAUGAGAGCCAAUCUUUGCCUACGGAGCCGAAUGAGGGCCCACUCGUCCGUGUUGAUCUUUCGCGAAUUCCCGGGACAGAAAACGCGAAGGACGGUCUGAUGACUCUAGUUUUCACCUGUUGCAAGUGCAAUAGAAGAUCGGCCAAGAAAUUUUCAAAGGUGGCAUAUACACAGGGGGUGGUGAUCGUGCGGUGUCCCGGCUGCAGCAAUCUCCAUUUAGUGGCAGACCGUCUGAAAUGGUUUGGGGAUGAGGAGAGCGACGUGGAGACAAUCCUGGCGGCGAAGGGAGAGAAGGUACUUCGGUCAUUGACAGCGGCGUACUUGCUUGAUUUCGAGGGGAUGGGUGAUGAUUGGGAAGAGCCCACGCACGGUCCACACAACAUUGUCACAGGAUCUUAA